CCCGGAUGUGAGUCUAUGAGUCGCAAUUAGUGUUAAUGAACGUCUCGAAAGAAAAUCUGUCUUUAAAGAUUCCAUAUUUCCCCAGGAGACAGGAGAGAGAAAAGAAAAGCAAAACCAAACUCCAGUAAAGUCGUUUUUAAUGAAAUAAUAAUAAUAUAUUUUUUUCUGGCUCUAAACUCACCCCCCCUGAAGCUCAGCUCCCAUUCAGGUGUUGAAGCAGUGCCUAUAUCCCUAUUGAGCAAACCAGUGGUCACAGUGGCAAGGAAGUUUCCUGAGAGGCAACAAGGAAGAAACCUUGAAAGGAACCAGACUUGAACAAGGAACCCACUCUCAUCUUCAACUGCUGCCUUUGUAGUAGACCCUCGAUAAUAAUUAAAGCCCAAAUCCUUUCUCAUAGUUCUUAAACUGUUUAGUAAGUUACAGAAUCUUUAGGAAGUUCAUGUGGAAACAUCCUCAGCUGCACAGAGUCGUCUCCAGUGGAAGAGAACUCAAUCUAGAGGUCAUCAGGAUGAAUUGAGCAGAUCUGAAGAGAAGAAAGACACAGGAGCACUGGUUACGGUGGCCAGAGUUUGCAGACAUCUCUCUAGCAUACACCCAACCCCACCACAUCCCACCCCAACACCCUACCCCUCUUUUUUUUUUUUUUCGCCCCCCUCUGCCUUGUGUCCUUGUCCCUGCCUACAGCCUGGGAAGAGCCACCCAGCGACCUCUCUGAUUGGACCCGCUGGUUUGUCUCGACGCGGCUUGAGCGGUGUGAGCCGGAGGACGUGUUUCAACAGAUGGUUAGGGUUUGGUGUGUGUCAUCACAUCGAAGAAAGGAUUAGAGGAGGAAGGUUGUCCUCCAGGAGCUGUGUGGUCCCCACUUACAGCAGCGCAGCUUCAGACAGAGAGAGAGUGAGCGAGAGCAAAGUGAGGACGGCGAACGAGACUUUCUUCCGCUCUUGCAUGUCAGGACGUUGAUGAGGCAGGGAGCGGGCGCUGAUCUGACACAGGAAAUCACGCUGCUCUCUCGAGUGGCUGUUUAUCGCUGCACUUAAUAACAGCAUCCCGCAGGAAGCCACGGUUUGAAGAGGAGGACUGUGAACGUCACGGAUGUAAUUCUCAUUGAUUCCAGACAGUGAUCAGCCUUCGAGCGGACUAGCACCCUGGAGAUCCGCGCAGUAAUGAAUGAAAUUUCAUGGUCAAGUGUUUGCUUGUAAAAAGAUCCAGAUUGCUGCAACAGUGUCAUCCCGUCCCUGUUUUCCAUCAUGAAGCCUGCGUGCCUGGCAUGGAUGUUGGCCUUUGCCCUGGCCGCUCCGCUGUCCUGCUCGGCCUCCACCACACGGAGUCAGAGCCUGCGGGGCCGAGUGCAGCGUGACCGACGCAACAUACGCCCCAACAUCAUCCUCAUCAUGACCGACGACCAAGACGUAGAGCUGGGCUCGUUGCAGGUGAUGAACAAAACCCGGCGAAUCAUGGAGGAAGGCGGCACAGCGUUCACAAAUGCCUUCGUGACGACGCCCAUGUGCUGCCCGUCUCGUUCCUCCAUGCUGACAGGAAAGUACGUUCACAACCACAACACGUACACCAACAAUGAGAACUGCUCCUCGCCUUCAUGGCAGGCCCAGCACGAGCCUCGCUCUUUCGCUGUCUACCUCAACAACACGGGCUACAGGACAGCUUUCUUCGGGAAGUACCUCAACGAGUACAACGGCAGCUACAUUCCUCCUGGGUGGCGCGAGUGGGUGGGGCUCAUCAAAAAUUCCCGCUUCUAUAAUUACACGGUCUGUCGGAACGGCUACAAGGAGAAGCACGGCGCGGACUACGCCAAGGACUACUUCACCGAUCUGAUCACCAACGAUAGCGUCAACUUCUUUCGCAUGUCCAAGCGCAUGUACCCGCAUCGGCCGGUUAUGAUGGUGAUCAGUCACGCGGCACCCCACGGUCCAGAGGAUUCGGCGCCCCAGUUCGCCGAGUUCUUCCCCAAUGCCUCGCAGCACAUAACGCCAAGUUACAACUACGCUCCUAACAUGGACAAGCACUGGAUCAUGCAGUACACAGGUCCCAUGAAGCCCAUCCACAUGGAGUUCACCAACUUCCUUCAGAGGAAACGGCUGCAGACCCUGAUGUCCGUCGACGACUCUGUGGAAAAGAUUUACAACACACUAGUGGACACAGGAGAGCUGGACAACACCUACAUUAUCUACACGGCAGACCACGGUUACCACAUUGGACAAUUUGGCCUGGUCAAGGGGAAGUCCAUGCCAUAUGACUUUGAUAUAAGAGUCCCGUUCUUUGUAAGAGGGCCAAAUGUGGAACCUGGAACCAGGAAUAAUCAACUUGUUUUAAACAUCGAUCUGGCGCCUACGAUCCUGGACAUCGCAGGUCUGGAUACUCCUUCCGAUAUGGACGGCAAGUCAAUCAUGAAGCUUCUGGAGCAGGAAAAAACGAACAAUAGAUUCAAACUCAACCGCAAACCUAAGGUCUGGAGAGACACAUUCCUUGUGGAGAGAGGCAAAAUCUUGCGCAAGAAAGAAGAGACCACGAGCAGCGUGAGCACGGGGCAGACCAACAGCCUGCCCAAGUACAAGAAGGUCAAGGAGGCGUGCCAGCAAGCCGAGUUUCAGACGCCGUGUGAACAGCCAGGACAGAAAUGGCAUUGCAUAGUCGAUGUUACUGGGAAGUGGCGCCUACAGAAGUGUAAGGGAAUCCUGAAGACCACGUCCAGGAAGAGGACACGCAGCCUGAGACUGCGCUCCUACAGCGGCCGGGGGAAAGAGUGCCACUGUGAAGACCGAGCGUAUAAACCUGCAAAGAGUGAACGCCGAGCGCACAGACACCUCUCGCAGAGCAGCAGACCACGUUACAGGCCACGCUUCGUCCACACCCGGCACGCACGUUCACUUUCCGUGGAGUUCGAGGGCGAGAUUUAUGCCGUGGACCUGCAGGAAGGCGACGACAAGCUGGCUGCAGAACCUCGGCCAAUCAACAAGCGGGAUUACGAACCCGAAUCCUCCAUCGAACCCGAUUUUAACCUGGAGUCAGACGACGCUUCAGAGGAGAUGCUGGCCGAUGAUACCAACGCUGUCGGCUAUCCCAAUUCACUCAAAGUUACGCACAAGUGCUACAUCCUGCUGAAUGACACCGUACGCUGUGAACGAGAGAUCUACCAGUCUUCCAAGGCCUGGAAGGAUCACAAGAGUUUUGUCGACCAGGAGAUCGAGUUGCUCCAGGAUAAGAUGAAAAAGUUGCGAGAGGUCCGCGGGCACCUGAAGAGCCGAAAGCCGGACGAGUGCGACUGCGGAAAGAAAAGGGAAACAGUGCCGGAGGUGGACAGCAAAACUCAGCUCUAUAACGAGAUUCGGCGAAGGAAGAAAGAGAGGAAAGAGAGGAAGAGGCAGAAGAAAGGAGAUGACUGCAGCUUUCCUGGUCUCACCUGCUUCACCCACAACAACGACCACUGGCAGACUGCCCCCUUCUGGAACUUGGGAGGAUUCUGUGCCUGCACCAGCUCCAACAACAACACAUACUGGUGUCUGAGGACCAUAAAUGAAACCCACAACACGCUCUUCUGCGAGUUUGCUACGGGAUUUCUGGAGUACUUCGAUCUAAACAGUGACCCUUACCAGUUGAGCAAUGCGGUUUACACUGUGGAUCGAGAAGUCCUAAACCAGCUCCAUCUGCAUCUGAUGGAGUUGAGAAGCUGCCGGGGACACAAGCAGUGCAACCCCAGAUCCAAAAGCACAGACACAGCACGCAGCCUGCAUGGGACAGGCGUCGACCUUAAUCUGCCCAACUUCACCGAGGACGCCAACUGGCAAGGACUGGCACAACUGUACAGCUUGAACGAGAGUCUGUUUGAGUACAGACACAACUACAGUCCCAGCCUGGAAGACUGGGCCAACUUUGCGAAGGAUGUAGAUAGUAUGUUUGCACUGCUGAACGAUUUAAAGAACCGAACUGAGAAGCUAGAGCCGUGGGCAGAUCUGGGGUCUGGGGCGGGGGGUGUAGAGGAAGCCAGUGGCACAGGAGUCGCUGAGCCAACAGAGUGGCACUUGGUGCUCACUUCAGGACCUCAAAAACCAACCCCCACGACCCCUUUGAGUCCUCAGUGGACCCCUAAAUCAGCCAACGAUCUCCCGGAAAGACUGCCCACGAAACCUCCAGCCCAUGCCUCAAACCUUCGGGAAGACCUUCGAUCUUGGAGCGUGAAGAACGAGCCGGACCGUGACGACUUGAUCUUCAGCGGGAACGGUUUUACCGAGCUCGAAACACGCCACGAUUUUCUGUUCACAAGCGCCGACCUGGAGACGGUCCGAGAACUCGGUAGGGCGCGAGGAGAAAACGGAGGACCUCUUAAAACAACCAAGGAGGACGAGGACAUUUUCGAGGCCCAGAUCUACCUACCAGCCAGGCUUCCAUUUCAAGCAGAGAACACUGAUCCUUCCCCAGCUUCACUCCAUAAUUUGCAUACUUUUAAUGCCCAAGAACCUCAAAAAUCUCAAGACUCAGAAGGCAGUGGUCUAUAAAUUUUUAUUUCUAGCACAUCGGCCUGAGGGAUAAACAUGACCUAAAGCCAUUCUUGCUCAAAGACACUAAGUGCAGGAGUGCAGAGUUCGGGCUAAAUAUUGUAUCAUAAAACAUAAUUUUAUUGUUUUAUUCUUUUUUUAAUUGGUGCAUUGAUUUAUUAGAAAACAGUGUUAAAUGUUUUGUAAAAUAUGCCUAUAUAUAUAUAUAUUUAGAGAUCAGAAGCCUUAAUGCAGCAGAAAUGCUGAGUUCAUGAAUAUUUCAAGUGGAAAAACACCAACAACACAGAGCUGUAAUGUAUUUUUGUAAAAGUUCUGUUGGUGAAACCAUUGCACUCGGACAUUAAAAAAGAACCACACGGAAAUAAUUCACACGGUGGAAAGAGUGAAAGGUUUAAUGCACUUUCUCAAACACUGACCAUCUUAACACUACACAGACACCAGGCUUUAACCUGAGAGCACAGAACAACCUAAAAAUCUACAGUUAUACCUUCAAAAAAACGUCCCAAACAAUCUUUUAUAAUUAAUUUACAGCCCAUUUUUCAGUCUCCCUUUCUUUUUUUUUUUUUUUUUACGCAAUUUGGUGUCUGUUUUCUGUUGAAUUGCACAGCAUGUCGGUUUGCAGUAUGACUCCUGCUCGAGCACAUUUUUCUCGUCUUCAAGAGAUUAAACGGUGGAACCAGUUCACGGGGGAUGUUUAGGUUCAUUUCUCAAGAUGUAUUUGGUUUACAUAUAAUGCAUUCACGCGCACACGAGAACGUUCACAAGACUUUCUGCUGGGAAACUGAAAAUAUUUUUGAUUUCAUGGCUGAAGUUAAAAUAUAGUGAUUUCUGGACUGGUUUUAUGAAAGUGCAUAAAAUGCUGUUUUUUUUUAAUCCUUCUGAGGCGUUGAAACAAUUCUGGCUUCUGGAAAGCCAAGAAGCUGUUACGAAAUAAACCUUUGUCAAACCUGA